UCACAUGAUGUUAGCAAAGCGUAAUCGUCUUGAUAAAAUAAAAAUGAAUCACGCCAGUCACGAUCCUAAAUAUCUGUAAGUAUAUAAGACACUCUUUGCCUCUUGGCCCAUCAGCUGUAAGCUCUUCACUAGUGACUCAAAGCUAGAAAAAGAAACUGAAAAUGAAAUUUCUCUUGGUAGCUUUGGCCUGCAUCGCCGCUGUAUCGGCAAACGUUGUUGUGAAACCACCUCAAAAAAAGAGCCUCUUGACCAUUGCCCAGGAAAUCCAAGGACUCAUCAAUGGAAUCAGCACAGCCCUUCACCCAACACAGAAGAGAUCCCUUUUGACCAUUGCCCAGGAAAUCCAAGGACUCAUUGAUGGUAUCAGCACAGCUCUUCACCCUACCACAAGAGAUGAAGAUUUCAAUGUUGUCGACAUUGCCAACACCGCUGGCGCUAUAAUUCAUGCACUAGACGCAGCCAUCAAUGGCAAAAGAAAUCUUUUAACCAUUGCCCAAGAGAUCCAGAGUCUUAUCAAUGGUAUCAGCACUGCUCUUCACCCAACACAAAAGAGAUCUCUGUUAGAUAUCUUUCAACAAAUCCAAGGACUGUUCAGUGGCAUCACCACAGCCCUGAACCCUACUACAAGAUCCCUUUUGACCAUUGCUCAAGAAAUCCAAGGACUCAUCAAUGGAAUCAGUACUGCUCUUCACCCAACACAACAGAGAUCAUUGUUGACCAUCGCCCAAGAAAUCCAGGGACUUAUUGAUGGUAUCAGCACAGCUCUUCACCCUACCACAAGAGAUGAAGAUUUCAAUGUUGUCGACAUUGCCAACACCGCUGGCGCUAUAAUCCAUGCACUAGACGCAGCCAUCAAUGGCAAAAGAAAUCUUUUAACCAUUGCCCAAGAAAUCCAGAGUCUUAUCAAUGGUAUCAGCACAGCUCUUCACCCAACACAGAAAAGAUCUCUACUGGACAUCUUUCAACAAAUCCAAGGACUUUUCAGUGGCAUCACCACAGCUCUGAACCCUACUACAAGAUCCCUUUUGACCAUUGCUCAAGAAAUCCAAGGACUCAUCAAUGGAAUCAGCACUGCUCUUCAUCCAACACAGAAGAGAUCCCUGUUGACCAUUUUCCAAGAGAUCCAGGGACUUAUUAACGGCAUAACUGGUGCUAUCAACCCAACACAGAAGAGAUCCCUUUUGACCAUUUUCCAAGAGAUCCAGGGACUUAUUAACGGCAUAACUGGUGCUAUCAACCCAACACAGAAGAGAUCCCUUUUGACCAUUUUCCAAGAGAUCCAGGGACUUAUUAACGGCAUAACUGGUGCUAUCAACCCAACACAGAAGAGAUCCCUUUUGACCAUUUUCCAAGAGAUCCAGGGACUUAUUAACGGCAUAACUGGUGCUAUCAACCCAACACAGAAGAGAUCCCUUUUGACCAUUUUCCAAGAGAUCCAGGGACUUAUUAACGGCAUAACUGGUGCUAUCAACCCAACACAGAAGAGAUCCCUUUUGACCAUUUUCCAAGAGAUCCAGGGACUUAUUAACGGCAUAACUGGAGCUAUCAACCCAACACAGAAGAGAUCACUGUUAACCAUUGCCCAAGAAAUCCAAGGACUUAUUAAUGGAAUCAGCACUGCUCUUCACCCAACUCAAAAGAGAUCCCUUUUGACCAUUGCCCAAGAAAUCCAAGGACUUAUUAAUGGAAUCAGCACUGCUCUUCAUCCCACAACUAGAUCUCUUUUAUCUAUUGCUCAAGAAAUUCAAGGACUUAUUAACGGUAUCAGCACUGCUCUGCACCCUACCCAAGCAAGAUCUCUGUUGACCAUUGCCCAAGAAAUCCAAGGACUUAUUGAUGGCAUCAGCACUGCUCUUCACCCAACUACAAGAUCCCUUUUAACCAUUGCUCAAGAAAUCCAAGGACUCAUCAACGGUAUCAGCACUGCUCUGCACCCUACCCAAGCAAGAUCUCUGUUGACCAUUGCCCAAGAAAUUCAAGGCCUUAUCAACGGUAUCAGCACUGCUCUUCAUCCUACCCAAACUAGAUCCCUCUUGACCAUUGCCCAAGAAAUCCAAGGACUUAUUAAUGGAAUCAGCACUGCUCUUCACCCAACUCAAAAGAGAUCCCUUUUGACCAUUGCCCAAGAAAUCCAAGGACUUAUUGAUGGCAUCAGCACUGCUCUUCACCCCACAACAAGAUCACUGUUGUCCAUUGCCCAAGAGAUUCAAGGUCUCAUCAAUGGUAUUUCUACCGCUCUACACCCUACACAAUAAGCAAAACUUUUUACAGCUGAAUAAAUCUAAAUAUUUUUUUAGCUUUGAAGUUUAGAAAAUAAAUGAAUUUCACUACUCGUGAAACAUUAUAUACUA